CAUAAGCUAUCUCAGAUACCUAAAUGUUAAUGUAUUUGAAAAUAUGUAUGUAGUUGAUUUUUGUAUUAAUUUUGUAUAUUAUUUUAUAAUGUAUUUCAGGUUGUAAUCAAUCUCAACUAAUUCAUUCAUUUUGAGUACAAGAAUGUCCACUGUAUCGUCGUUGCUAAGACACUCAGGUAAUUGGAACAAUGAAAACUGCUAUGUGAAUUUCAAAAUCGAUGCAGUGGCUUUCAGAGAAUAUUCGACAUAUAUAGAUUUAUUACAAGCAUUUGCAACUCAGCUGAAUAUAGACAUGCAACUGAAAAAUAUAUACAUCAAAUAUAUCGUUGAAGGUAACGAUACGCCAAUGGAAAUACAUAAUGAUAUGAGUGUUAGGGUGUAUGUGGAAUUGAAGAAAGAGAACAAACAGUUAGCGAUGUAUCCUUUGUGCAUAACUACAACUAAUAAAAACGUUGAUAAUUGUGUAUCUGGUGAAAGUUGUAUUGAAGGAGGAGUUUUGCAAAUUGGUUACAUAAAACAAACAAAUGCUAUGGAAACAGUAGUGAGUGGAGACUUAGCUUCCUCAAGUUGUGGCAAUGCCGUUGUUGUAUUCGAAAAUGACACAAAUCUGAUUAUAUUAGAUAAGAAUCAAAAAGAGGUUGUUGUUGAUCAAGUUUACAAGGACAAAGAUACACUAAACGCUGUUAUGGCGAAUUAUGCAAUUUCCAACAGGUUCAAUUUUCGUGCCGAGAGGUCUAAUGCGAUAAGGUGUGUUUAAAUGUUCUGAACUAUUAUAUUUUAAAUUUAAUGUAGUUAUCUGAUAUAUUGUCAACUAAUGUAUUUGUUUUCAUGUUUGUAUUUGAAGCUAUACACUAGUAUGUGUGUCUGAAGAGUGUGAUUGGAAAUUUAGGGCAUCGAGCGUUGGUAAAUCAGAAAUGUUCAGGGUUAGGGAGUUUCGUGACAAGCAUACAUGUCCGCUAAAAGAUAAGGUGUAUUCACAACGCCAUGCGACAAGUUGGUUUAUAGGUGGAAUUGUAAAACCAAAAGUAGCCAACCAUAAGAGGAAAUACACACCUAAUGAUAUAGCGAAGGAUGUAAGAAAUGAUCUUGGAAUGGAUGUGUCCUAUAUGGUCGCUUGGCGGGCUAAGGAAAAAGCAAUGAAGGAUUUAAUGGGUGAACCAUCGGAUUCUUACAAAAAAUUACCUGGGUACCUAUACAUCUUGGAUAAAACGUAUCCAGGUUCACAUAUAAGAAUGCGAAAAUCCGACGAAAACAAGUUUCUGUAUCUGUUUAUAGCAUUGUAUGCAUUCAUCAAAGGGUUUGAUUGUUGUAGGCCAAUUUUUGUAGUUGACGGGAGCCACCUCAAAACAGCAUACAACGGAACGUUCGUUUCAGCAAGCACGUUAGACGGUGCAGGUAAUAUACUUCCUUUAGCAUAUGGUGUGAUAGAUUCAGAAAAUGACAGGUCUUGGACGUGGUUCUUUGAGCGAUUCAGGGAAGCGUAUGGUGUGAGAGAGAACAUGUGUAUUGUUUCCGAUAGGCAUGAAAGCAUAAACAAAGCUGUUUCUAGAAUCUAUCUGAAUGUGCCGCAUUAUGCAUGCAUAUGGCAUCUUUGGGGUAUCGUAUGUAAGAAGUAUAAGAAGAGCCAUGAUGUGUUGAGUCCCGUGUUUUAUGCAAUGGCAAAAGCGUACACGCAGGAAGAUUUUGAUGAGCUUAUGGGGAAAGUUGAGAAGGCAGAUUUUCGGGUGGCAGAGUAUUUGGAAUUGGCUGGAAGAGAGAAGUGGGCUAGAGUGUAUGCAACUGCUAAUCGAGGGUGGACAAUGACUUCAAACAUAGCAGAGUGUAUUAAUCGUCACCUUGUAGCAGUAAGAGAGCUUCCUAUAUUUGAUUUUCUAGAAGAAGUGAGGAAGAUGUUUGGAAGAUGGAAUUAUAAUAACCGGAAAAAUGGUACAUACACGUUCACAACACUCGGUAAAAAGUUUCAGGAAAUGUUGUCAAUAAAUGAGUAUCUAUGUUUACGUAUGACGGUAUGUUUCUUUUCAAAUUGCUUAAGUAUGUUCGAUUGAGAUUCAGUUAUGUUCGU